AUGAACAGACGCACUGUGACGUACGACUUUGUAUCGGCAGGCUGCACUCAGAAUAAAACAUCAUGCCUGAUUUAUUUUUUCCAGUCAUUUAAGUUUGUUUAUACCCUUUCCAUCUAUUAGUUACAAGAAAACAAAAUAUUUGCUCUCACAAUACCACCCCGAUAAAUAUUCACAAUUGAUUCCUUUUUUAAUUGGAACGGAGCUGGCUGGCCAAGAUUAUUUAUAGUACCAAAGUCAAAAAAGUUCCAGCGUCUAUGUGAUGACACCUUAUUUAUCUUACUGUUAGCUCUUGUGUCAGCAGUUUAUGCAGCAGUGAUCAAAUAUGUAUGGCAGCUCAGACAAUGAAUGAAAUCUAGUCCAAGAAAUUUUUCUUUAAGGGUGGUUCAUCACCUAAUACAUACUAUGAAUUGUUGCUUAAGAGAGAGACAAGCGGAAGAGCUGUUCUGAGUUAAAAGCACUUCCACUAAUUGUGACUAAUGGUGAUGAUGAAAAAAACCCAAAGCUGAAUGAACUCUAUGGAUGAUCCCUAAAGGCAUCCCCAUUAGUAAAUAAACUCCAGAUGAAUUAACCAAUCAAGUGCGAAGCAUAUAUUGGAUACCAUAGAGAAUGGUCAAAAGAUACGCAACAACACAGUGCAAAUUGGUUCUUACCAUCUUUUUAUUUGCACUAGUUCAACAAAGCUUGGCUGUUUGCGAGUUUGGCAAGGGGAGUAAUGCUUGUCAGGAAUCUGAAGUUGUGAACAGUGAUUGCACCACAUACUCUGAUGGGCGUGACAUAGCCAAAUUACCUGCUGCUUUCAAACCAGCUCUCCUCGAAGACAACACAUUUGUUGCUGCUCCAAAAAGUAUAAAUGUGUUUCUAAAAGUAGAUGACAGUAAAAAUAUGCACCUGGAAAUUCAGUGGACACUGCCACCAGCAGAAGGUAAAUUGGAGCUUCUUCGAGGAUUUAUGCUUCGGUGGGAUAAUAAAAAAGAAAAUGAACCAGAUGCUGCGUCAGAAUGUCGUCUUUUUAAGCUUAAUGUGUCUAAUGUGGAGCAAUUUAAUAGUGAAACGUUUAGUUACAGUAUUGCUCUCACCAAUCUACAUAAUUACAAAAUACAACUUUACAGCUUGCCGGCUGCCCCAUCCCGUACAGAUGAUUUGAGUAGGCUCAUCAUUGCUCAUGUUAAAUCUGAUGAUGCUACUGUGUCAGCUAAUUGGUCACCCACAGUGGUUCAGUUACCAGCAACGGUAGAAAAGAGUUCAUCACUAGUGGUCAUCCUCCCACCAGAUGGGCUGGCAUUUGAAGCUUAUGAACUCUACCAAUCUGGUUCUAAUGAUCCCUUUGAUACUAUUGCGGUUAUGCCACGUUCUGCUGACAAGCAUAGUGUUCCUGCAGUGCCAACUUUUACAGUAGAAGGCGAAUACAACUUGGGGGUGAAACCAAAAGAGAAAAACCCAGCUGGCCCUGAUUGUUUGUGCAAGGCUGCAAGUGGGGAGUGCGCCUCAUGUAGCGCGACACUACUGCCAGGGUUUAUAUAUCAAAAGGCGAUAACUCUUGGAAAAACUACUCACACAACCGGAUUUGACUUUACUGGUGAUCUUACUGAGCCCACAACACCAGAGCCUACCACUCUGCCCACACUACCUCCUGUGGAAGAAUUCUCUACUUCCCAUUCUUCGGAGACGGGGAUGCCCACAGGAAUGGGAUCUAUGGGCACAACGGAUGAGCUCUACAGCACUACAGUGAUAGAGUUGUCGCAGAUGUUUCCAUCCACCCAGGCACGUUCUAACAAGACUCUAAUUGGUGGCCUCAUCGGAGGACUAACGGCUGCAGCUGUCUUCACCUUGAUUGUUAUUAUUUUUGCUUUAGCUGAUAGGAAUAAGAAACCCUCCAAGCGUUCAAACAAACCCUAGGCACAUGGCUCUUCUGUUAACCUUGCCACAGAAUUAUAGGUGAAAUCUACAUAGUUACAUGCUACUUAUGGGAGAGGAGGGUCUAGCAAAGUAUUUACAUACAUGGAAAGAUAAGCUGUAUGUAACUGUAAGUAUCUCUACACUAACUGAAUAUAUGAACUAUAGAGGAUAAAAACACCCGCAUAUAGAUAAUGGAUAGAUUGUGCAUAAUCUAAGCUACAGAAUUGAAGUGAGUCCUUACUUUCUUGAAGCACACAAUCUAAAAAUAGCUUAUUUUAGAAUUCUACCCUAAUAACUAGAGUUGAUUAAAUAUUGUCAAAGUCAAAGUUUAUAAGGUCUUGAAAAGUCUUGUAAUAAAAA